AUGUCAACGCCGAUCCGAGAUAAUGAUUUAAAUGAUGAUGACGUUGAAAUUAUCAAUACGAGUAAGGAUUCAACACCACCUGCAGAUGGUUCGAAUCGAAUUAGUUAUGAUCCAUAUACUACACCUCAAAACAAGAUUAAACUUUUAGUUCCAAAUUCAAAUUCUGUUCGUCGGAAAUUAAAAUUUGAUAUAGCUGAUACACCAGAGUCUAAUCCGAAAAAAUUAAAACGUAUUCAUGAAUACAUACAGCAGACGGAAGAACCAAAUGGUCACCUUCAACCUGCAUUAGAUUUUCAAAUUCCGCCAAUGAAUAUGGCUCCAGCUUCAACUGCCGCAGUCGUCGCAGAACCAACCGCCGUCGCAACCAGACCUUCGCUUAACGCUAUCGAUGAAGAUCAGCGGCGUGCACUAAUAACAGAUCUUCCAAACUGGAUGAUGCCACAAGGAAAGCAAAAAAGGAUGAGUAUUGUUCCGGUCGCUCGAAAAUCUACAGCCGCUAUACCUGCUUUUUCUUCAUUUAGAAAUCGUCCGCUACCACCAUGUCCGAAUACUCGGAAUUAUUUUGCUACUACCAUAAUGCAUCAUGAACCACUUCACA